AGAGAGAAUCAUUUAGCGCAAACGCUGAUCGGACAUAAUGUGAAGACACGGAGGAUCGCUGUUUUGUUGUAUUUAUCUUUAAGUGAUUUUUGUACGUUUGUCUUUUUCUUUUGUACCGGAGACGCGUCACUGCGGCGAAUCCGUUCCUCCUCAGAUCCGGACUUAAAAUGAAAAAUGUAGGUGAAACGUUUUCUUUAACAAUGCGGGAUCCGAGCGGAGACAUCGGCAGAUGGAAAAUGGAGCCUGCUGCAGGAUUCUGUGCGUAAAACAACAAACAGCGUGCUGAAAGCUGCUGAACAAGUGGACCUCUAAGAGGAAGAACAAAGAGGAAGUUGGAUCUGAUCAGGACUCUCCCGGUGCCAAGCCCAUUUGUUCUGGCAGAUUUGCACAGCUGCUUUCCAACUGUUGGGAUUGAGGUUUUCCACCUCACCUCCUCCACGCAAGACCAAAACCAGGUGCCAAACUGACUGUGUCCAGAAAUAAAGUAAAAAAACAAAAAACAAAACAAAAAUCUUCAAAACUCACCAUCGUCAGAUCCCAUUUAGAGCUCAGUUUUAUUUUGAAAUAGUGAAUUGUGAACAUUUGAACACACAUUUGCAUUGUGGCUGCUCUUUAAGGUUUUCCACACCGGACUGAUCAGUGCAUUAUUUCAAAGUGCUUUAUCCCGGAGUGCGUGCUGCGCAGUGAUAACUCCUCUGCUGUGACUGACAGGCAACACGAGCCACAUCAAACCUGAUUAAUUUCCCGCCGCUGCUGCUAUCUGAAAGGCUUUGAGAAUUAGCAUCAUCGCAGCCUACGCUGUGACACACACUGUCGACACUUUUCCUAUCUCCUUCUUCCAGUCGCUCCAUCUCUGGCUUCAAUUUCUGUGACACCGAACAUCCUGAAAGUCCCCUUUUGUCUUUAUACCGGUGACCUCUUUGACCUUUUUAUGUGCAUUCUACUACAAACAUGCAACACAGAACAUAGCCUAAAGCCAUACUGAACGCCAGCCAUACAAACACUGUUCAUGUUCAUGCACAAGUUCUCCAACAACGUGACUCUCAGGUCACAUCGGUGCACAUUCAUGCAGUCGGCAAAGAAGAAGGUUAUCUUUUUUCGACCCGUGUCUUUCUAGAUAUCACUGUGUGAUUAGACCGCCUGCACUUCCUGCCGUGCUACAUUGGAGUUCGCACCGUCGUUGUCGCCGCGUUCCUCCGACUUGACGAAUGAAUCCGGAUAGUUUCAUGUCUGUGCUGUGGGCAGAACCUCGCCGCCCUGCUAGAACUGGGCCCAAGCCCUCCUUUGUUCUGUUUUGUUGGGCCAAGCUGAAUUCAGAGCAAAGACACUCGCGUAGGGGUAUCAAAAGCGCCUAAAUCCUGCUGAUUUUUUGCUUCCUUCGCUUUGAUUUACUUGCACGUUAACCCUCUUAUGCCUUUGUCAUUAUUUAAUCAACUAAUCGUCGUCUUCUAACCGAAAAGCAUCAUUUAUCUUUAUGUCAAAAUUGUCGUCUGCAGCCUUUAAAUUUCGAUUCAAUAAUUCUGUUGCGAGAAAGAAAAAUUUAUUUGAAGUUGUUUGAGUGUAAAGUGGAGAAGUAACCUUAAACCAAAUUUAGACAGUUUCCUCUCGGCUCGGAUCAAACUGAAGCUGCCAGCCUUUGUUGUUUACAGUCACGUGACACAGAAAAUAAAAUUUUUUCACCUACAGAACUUUUACAUCUAUGCAGGUUGACAAAAGUGCCAAAGUCAAAAUGUCCAGCAUAGCUCUUUGGUGGUGAAACGUAAGGUUUACAUACAUGCAAAAUGCUUACAGAUUCUGUUUUCCGUCAACGUUUCUUAAUUUUCUCACCACUGGAAUAAACGACUCCUGGAGAAAACUUCACUGUUUUUACAAUUUGGGUUUUUUCGCACACGCAGUUUCUUUUUGUAAAAGUUUUGAACAUCCAGAUUAUUUCUAAUUUCAUUUGGUGAAUUAUACAAAGACACUUACUGAGCUUUACGUUGAAUUUCAAACAGCCAUUACAUGUGCAGUUUGUAAAGCACGUAAAAACUCUAAACGGCAAAAACCUUGAUGUUUACAAAAGCUGCUUCAAGGGAUAGACAUUAAAUGUUUACAUUAAAGCAAAAGCGUGAAAUGUGAGACAACAGGGUUCCAAACGAACCGCCCGUCCUGGGAGUGAACACCAAUAAAACGAUGAGAGCCACAAUGUCAAAGGAGACAUUUUCCUUCCUCUUCCUGCUGUGCUUCCGCCUCGCUGUUUCCAAGAUCACCAUCAUCACAGAGCGACAUGCCGCUGACGACGAUGUCAAGACUCUGACCGGCACCGGCGGCUCAGCCGGAGCCGCUAAAACCAGCACCACAUUGUUUCUUCUGACUGGCUACAAGACAUCGCUUCUGCCCACCGGACCCAAGGUGGCGCCAAAAGCAGCAGAAGUGGAGGACGGAAAUGAUUCUUCGCUCAAAAUUGCCGAGCUCCCCCCGAAGCCACUCCCUCAGACCAUGUUGCCAAGGAACAUGACGGCCGCAGACGCCCUGAAGCCGCCGCUUGGUGCCGCUCAGGUGGCUCCGGCACCCAGACAGCUGGUGGAUGUGGACGUGUGCAGGGGUUACUUUGAUGUUAUGGGCCACUUUGACAACACAUUCAACUGCUCUAAGGGAACCUACAUCUACUGCUGUGGCACUUGUCACUACCGGUUCUGCUGUGAGCACCAGAGGAACCGGCUGGACCAAGACACCUGCACCAACUACAACUCGCCAAUCUGGGCAGACACGCAGGUCCCCAUCACUGUGCCCGCAGGGAACCGGCCAGACCCAGAUUUUGAGACGUUCCCGCAGCAGAACAGCAGCACAGCUUAUGUGAUUGGAGGCGUGAUCUCCUUCACGGUGGUGGUUGCUGUUGGUGUCCGGAUUGCCUUCAGCAAGGUGUCGCGCCGACCUCGAAACAGGGAGAUCAACAUGCCCAGGUCGCUGGUGGAUAUUUUGCGUCAUCAGUCGAGCUCAGCGCAGCAGGGAGAGCGGAACAACAACGCCAUGCUGACCACCACGUCUGACGGACGUGUCUCCAAAAACCUCUACACGCCCGUUCUGCAGAGCAAAGACAACCGCACUGGGAUCUUGCCCGCUCACUUUAACCAGCAGGGGUCUGCUUCCAGCCCCAAACAUUCUGCCGCCAUCGAGCGUGGGCCCCGUAUGAACAACACUUCCCAGCUAUCCUCCGGGGGCUCCCUCCUGUCGGGCAGCGGUAAGGGCCCUGGCAUGGGCGGUGCCAGCGGCGGGAUCAUGGGGGGCAUCAGACACAACAGCGGCCAUCCUUCCUUCUCGCACUCUUUCCACAACCUGGCUCAGCUGCCGCCAUCUUACGAGGUCGCCAUGAAACCGGAGAUCAACCGCUACAGCUCCCUGAAGAGGCUGGAAAAAGAGUUGGAUGAAUACUACACCUCCAAACGGCGUGCCAACAACGCUCCGCCCUCCUUCCACUCCUCUCAGCACCACCUCCCCUGGGGAGGUGACUAUUCACUGGGUUCCAGGGGCACCCUGCCCCUUCAUGGCUCACGACCACACCUUCACAUCCCCACCUCCACCCCAAACCCGUAUCCACUGCCUGCUCAGAGUCAGCACACCAGCUCCACUUUCGACAGGCCACCGCGCCGCGUCCGCUCCCAGGACCAGCUGCUGGCACUGGGAGAAGGCAACACCUUAUCGCACCUGUCCAAGAACCAGCAACACCAGUAUUACAAAGCCAUGAUGAGCACCAGCAGGAGCUCCACCUCCCAGACACUCCGCAGAUCCCAUGAGAGGCUCCUGGUCUCACCAGACCGUCUGGAAGACCGGUUGAUGACGAUGGGUCUGAUGGUCGGAGGCGGGGACAGAGUUGGAGGCAGUGGGAUGGUGCCCACCAUGGGGCGACUUAGCCAUCACCAGAAGGCCCAGUCACAGCAGAACAUCUGUGCCACUCCCUCCAUUGACCGCCAUCACAUGAUCAAGAUGAACUCUCACCCGACUCCAGGCCACGAGCACGAUCGGAGCACCGCCGCCAUGUCUGGGAUGGGCAUGCACGGUGGCUGGGAUUCUCAUGGGGGCCACGGUGGAGGAGGUGAAGUGGGAACGGUCACGGGGCACCCCAGUGCGAGGCGGAUGGCUUUUGCCACCAAGAGGCAGAACACCAUCGAACAGCUGCACUUCAUCCCCGGAGGAGGAGGAGGGCAGGGACUGCGGACUGGCAGUAAGAAUGAGGUGACUGUGUGAGAAGGAGGAAGAGUGAAGAAAGAGAGCUGGAGAUGAGAAAUAAC